CUCUUUGUCUCGCGCACAAUUCUUUUCCAAUCCUAUUAAUUUUAAAUAUAUACACCAUAAGCUAUAAUUUUCUUGUUUUAAUUUCCAGCACCAGCUUACCAUAACAGCCAUGGCCAACGAUGUGACCAAAGAUCCAACACCAAAAUCUGAAGAUAUCGUGGAGGAUAUUUACUUAUGGAGGAGGAAGAAACUGGCUUUUUCUAUACUCUCUAUCUCAACAGCAACAUGGGUUUUGCUCAAUAUAUAUGGUUUCAACUCUAUAACCAUUCUUUCCUGGACAUCCAUCGCCAUCGUCUCUAUGGUCUUCCUCUGGGGAAGUUUACUUCGACUUCUCAGCAAGGUUGAACCGGAACUGUCAGGGUUAGAAGUGUCGGAGGAGUUCGUAACGGAGACGGUGAGAUCAUGUCGGAAGUUAAUGGAAAGAAUGGUUAGGUGGAUGUUCCGAGUCGGUGCCGAGAGUGAAUGGUUUGUUUUCGCAAGAACUGUUUUGGGUUUUUGGGUCUUGUCAAGAAUUGGUAACCUUCUCGAUUUUCAGACCUGUCUCUUCAUCGGUUUGGUGUUAGGCUUAACAUUUCCGAAGUUGUGGGAGAAGAAUGGAGAUCGAAUACAGAAGCUAUUGGCAAAUUUUAAAGAGAGAUCGCAGGGAGCUUAUGAUAAAACUAAUGCGAAGAUCUUGAUGAUGAAGAACAAGUUACAACAUGGUACUGAGGAGAAAGUGAAAAAAACAGAGUAGAUAUUUAUUUUUUUACCUGUCUUUUAAUCUGUAAAAGUAGAUGUGUUUGCAUGUAAACAAAUUUGAGUACAUUACUUGUCUUUCUACUGUUUCCGCCAAUGUAAAAAUGUGAUGUCAAGAACAAGAUAAUCUGAGAUGAUAUUUACCGAUCUUUAAGC